CUAUUUUUAUUGUAAAGUAGAUCUAACGUAUCAUAUGAAGUCAUGUUAGUAUGUUGGUUUAUUUUUGUGGGAUCUCUUUGUGGCAGUAGCACUUCUCAUAUAUAAAAAAAGUAUUCCCUCCGCUUGUUUCAACUUUGUUUGAACGAAUAGAAAUGUUGGAAUCUGAUUGUUUCUGUCAGAGAAUGUGGAAAUCUAUCAAAAUUUGUGACAAAAGGAUUAAAAAAUUUGAGUCUGCGACUUUAUUUGGGCUACUGAUGGAACAUGAUUAUUUUCUAGUUUUGCCCGCCUAGAUACGACUCUUAUUUAAAUUAGGUUUUUAUGCUGUAAUUCCUUCUUUUGUUUUUAUUUACAUGUGGUAGCAGAAGCAUAUGGAUAUUGAUAUUGUCUAUCUUGGUAUUUCAUAACUUCUUGCUGUUUGGAGAAUAUUCUGUUUUCAUGAGCUUCAUAAGCACCUUCAUGAUCUGUACACAUAUAUUGAUGAUGGUCAUGCUAUUUUCGAAGCAUGUUGCUCGAUUAUGGCUAAACGAUUUGUUAUUAUGUUGCUCAGUUUGUAAGCACUUGUUGAGGGCAUAACCUUUGGGGAAGUUACCUUGUGUGUGAAAAUCCUACAAAAGAAGUUACUUAUCAAAAAACAAAUCCUACAAAAGAAGUUAAAUAAAUAAUUGGGGCAAAAUAUUAAGAGUGGUUUGAGGAUUGAAUAAAAUGCAUGCUCUUCAUGAUAAAAUUAAAAGAAAAGAACUUUCUUCCCACUGUUUGGGAAGUGAGCAGGUGAUGGGUGCAAUUGGUUGUCCUUUUGUUGCUCGAUUGUGACAUUUCCUUCUUCAUGUGAUGAAAGAUGCAGCUCACAGAGGUUAUUCUUAACAGUGUAUGAGAAGAAAAAGUCGUUCUAUUUCACCAAAACACCGCAGAAAUCAUUCACGUUCUAGACGUCAUAAAAGUCGUUCACCAACUCCAAGACAUUCUAAGAGGCAAAGGAGUAGAAGUUCCUCCUUGUCUCCUAUUCAUAAAUCUUCAAGUUCAAGUCUUGGGUCCGUAGAGCGGAAAAAUGCAAGUGAGAAAUUGAGAUUAGAAGAAGAGAAGAAAAGGCGACAGCGGGAAGCAGAGUUGAAACUAAUAGAAGAAGAGACUAAAAAAAGAGUGGAAGAAGCAAUUCAGAGGAAAGUGGAAGAGAACGUAAACUCUCUGGAAAUUAAACUGGAAAUACAGAGGCGGUUGGAGGAGGGGCGGAAGAAAGUUUGCAAUGAAGUAGCAGCUCAACUUGAGAAAGAAAAGGAAGCUGCUGUCAUUGAGGCUGGACAAAGAGAGGAAAAGGCUCGAAAAGAGAAAGAAGAGCUGGAAAGGAUGUUGGAGGAGAACCAGAGGAGGGUAGAAGAAGCACAGAGAAGGGAAGCUCUAGAGCAGCAGCAGCGAGAGGAGGAGCGGUACCAGGAGUUAGAAGAGAUGCAAAGACAAAAAGAAGAGGCUAUGCGGAGAAAGAAACUGCAAGAAGACGAAGAACGGUUAAACCAGGUGAAAUUGCUGGGCAAGAACAAAUCCCGCCCGAAAGUGUCGUUUGCGCUUGGCUCAAAGUGAACACUAGGAAUUGGUAUAUUAAAAUAUUAAUGGGUUUCCAAGCAUAUGUGCUGGACUUAAAUUCCACGUUCACAUUUGUAAUUCGUGAUAUAUUCGUGCUUUUUAACGAAGUCUUUCGUGUGAUUAAUGUAUUUUUCCAGGUUUCUUUUCAUUUACUUUGUUGA